UCUCUCGCGCUUUCUAGGGUGGAAAUCACGCAUGCGCACAACAAGCCAGCGGAAUGACGUAAUCUUUGCGGGUGACGUGGUGUUUCUCCCAUUUUCUACAGUGGUCGAUUUUCUUGGAGAAUCGACUGCUAAGAGGUCUCUGCUGCCAACAAGAAAUGGAUUAAUCUGGUAGUGCUGUUCGUCUUGACGGCUAUUCUGUGUGCGUGUGGGGCGGCAAAACCACGGGGAGGCAAGUUUAGUGGGCCCGAGGCCAUCCAACAGAAUCUUUAUCAGCCAGAUAACGCGGAAGAGGAAGAGAGUCGAAGCCAUCUGUUGAAGGCAGAGCACUGUCACUCUAUAACGACGCGACUAAUUUCUCUGAGGAUGAAAGCGAACUUUAAGAAGCCAGUUGGUAUAAAACGGUCGUAGUAUCAAUAUCAGAGCCAAUGUGCUAAUCUUGGAGCUGUGGAGUUGUUGGAGACGAGCAGUACAUUGGAUUCUGGGACACAUCACUAUCGUACAUGUUAUGCUACAGUCGAUACCAGCCUGAGAGCCUGAUAGUGCCUGUAGCCAGUAAACGCAGAGAACAGGCACCCCGACGGAACCAGGACAGACGGAAAAAGACGAAGAAUCGGAGAAGGAGGAGUCUGAGAGGAGAAGGAGAUGAGAGUAGCACGGAGAUAUAGAGAACAGACACAGCACUGAUGACAAAAAUGACUGAGCAGAUUGAACAAAAAAUGACAAAACCAAGACAAGCCAAGGCAAACAACACUGCCGAGGGAGAAUAAUUCCACUAACCGUUCAGUGACUGUUCUCGCGCUCCAUCACAGACACGCUAAAACCCAUCCCCUGCUCCGACUUCUCCCGAUGUCCUACUACUGCUUCAGCUAAAGUGAACAAUCCGAGUGGCGAAUGUCGUCCGAACCAUGAGUCGGACUAUUCGUGUCUACAUUCAGUCUUGGGUCAGAGAAAGGGGACACACGUCAACCUGACCUUUGAUUUAGAGAUGAAGAAUACGUUUGGAUAUCUGGGUGCUAUUGAUUACCCCGCACUAGUGUUCUACGGCCUGAUGCUGGCAGUGUACAUCAUCCUUGGCCUGGCCUGGUCGGUCUGCAUGUGCUGCUCCUACAAGGACCUCGUCAGGCUCCAGUUCUGGGUUUUUGGAGUCGUCAUUCUCGGGUUUCUGGAGAAAGUCUUCUUCGUUUCGGAGUACAGCUCCGUCAAUGCCGGGGAGCAGACCUCGAUGCUCAUUGUGCUGGCAGAGGGGAUAUCGGCAGUCAAGAGAGCUCUGGCCCGAGUCCUGCUCAUCAUCGUCUGUCUCGGUUUUGGGACCGUCAUCCCCAGACUGGGUGAUUCUUUCUUGAAGGUCAUAGCAGCUGGCGUCAUAUACUGGGUUCUCGCUCUCAUCGACGGCAAAUCACUGUUAAUCUUUGACUCAUGUACUCACGCCAUAACGGCACUGAUUGGAGUGCGAAGAGCUCUGCGAUUGAGGAAGAACUACGUGAAACUAGCCAUGUACAACCACUUUGCGUACACCUUGAUUUUCUCGCUCCUCGCGACGCUGGCCUUCACCAUAUGGCUGUUUGUGGAGGUCAACUUCCCCAAGGCCGGCUGCCUGGAGGUCUGUUAUCUAGUGGUGAAAGAGUUAAACUUGUUUGUAGAGGUCAACUUCCCCAAGGCCGGCUGCCUGGAGGACUGGCAGGAGGUGUGGCUAAGGGACUGUUUCUGGCAUUUCCUGUUCGUCAUUGUGCUGAUAGUCAUAAUGGUAAUCUGGCGACCGUCGGCCAAUAGAAACAGGUUUGCCUACUCUCUCGUCAACGAUCUCGACCAAGAAGACGAAGAGGAAGAGGAACGAAUGGAAAACAAAAAUUUUGAGACAGUAAAGAUGAGAUCAGUAAGUCGAGGCGAUGCAGGCACACCCCCUCCUAUCUCCUCCACCCAGGCUGAAGAUGACUUGAGGUGGGUGGAAGAAAACCUUCCUACAACUGCCAUGGACAAGGCACUUCCACUGAUACUGGAUAGUGAUGAAGAAGAGAUGAGCACAAAAUUUGAAGUGUCUGCUCCGCCUCUUUUCUGUCGCGCGGCUACUCUCGGCCCUCAGUGUGCUCCGGGGGACAUGAACGAAGCGUUCGAGCUGUGUCGACUUGUGGAGAAGCUCCCGCUCAAGAUAUGCGCCAUAGCUACGUGGGAUGACGUAUUCAUCCUGAGCACGGUCCAUACUAAGGGAGAUGCCCACCUGCUGGUCUACCAGAUCAAGGAAUCCUCGAGUACGUCUGACUACAGCAGUCCCUACGAGGCAAAGUUGACAAAGACACUCAAGAAAUUCACGGCCAAACCGGUCACGCAGCUGGCAGUAAUCACCGAACACAAGCUGCUGCUGGGGCUAGCAGAAGGAGAGGUGUUCUUUGCCGAUCUCGAGCGAUUCGCCAUCUUGGGCUACCUCCAGAAGAGCCGCGGUGCAUCGUAUUUUGUGGUUGACUGGCACCGGCUACGCAGCCACGUGGGGAUCGGGAGAGAGUUGAGAGUUUGCGUGUCCGUGAAAAAGAGGCUGCAGAUUUACAACUACAAGAAGGGAGCAUUUGAACUGGUGAAGAGUGACCUUGUACUGCCGGACAAUCCGAAGGCAUUCACAUUCAUUGGCAGUAGUCUGCUGGUGUGCAUCAAGAAGGACCUCUUCCAUGUAACUUUGGAUGGGGAUACGUGUAAAGAGGUGUUCACCAUUGGAGCGAGGAGAUCUGACCCUUGUCUGCAGCCCCUCAUGAAUGGAAACACUCUGGUACUGCAAGAUGAGAACCAGUUCAGCUAUGAUAUCAAUAUGAAGCCAAUCGACAGCUCUCCCCUGACCUGGAGCGAUCUUCCUUCCCACGUUGUCCACGUCCAUCCCUACGUCAUUGGUCUCCUUCCCAAGUGUCUGGAGAUAAGAGCCCUGGACCAAAAAUUGCUAAUUCAGACCCUGAAAUUUACAGAAUCUCUCAGAUUUAUUACACACGAUAGGAACACGCUGGUAGCUAGUCAGAAGGAGGUGUACAAGUUGGAGCCGCGACCGUAUGAUCAGCAGGAAUCAAUGUUUGUCAACGGAAGACAGUUUGAGCUAGCACUGCAGAUCUCCGCUCUGAUCAACGAACCCCCAGAGGAGAAGACCCAGCGUCGUCGCACGGUUCUGAGGAAAUAUGCGUUUCAUCAGUUCACUCAACUCCAGUUCAAAGAUUCACUCGACAACUACCUCAAGAUCCAAGAAGAUCCUGAGGUGGUGAUAGGUCUGUACCCCCACCUCCUCCCGUCCGAGAGACGACGAACCAUCAACCAAUCUCAACCCACCCGACCUCCUACUCUAUCUGGAGAGCACCUCGAGGAGGGAAUGAAGCACCUCAUCAAUUAUCUCACUCAGAGGAGAUCGACAGACAAGCAGCUGCUACAGAGAGUCCUGAAGGGAGAACACAAACUGCCCGAAGAAGAACUGAAGAAGCUCGUUGAGCGACUAAAGCUGAUUGACACAACUCUUCUAAAGUGCUACCUAAAAACUAAUAAUACCCUGUUGGGUUCAUUGGUUCGUCUCCCUGACAACCACCUUGACGUAGCGGAGAGCGAGCGGGUGUUGAGACAAGACGAAAAGUUCACAGAGUUGGUUGACCUCUUCAAAAGCAAACAGAUGCACCGACAAGCUCUCACACUUCUCUCACAGUUCAGAAAAGGUCCGACAGAGACCCUGAAGGGGGUGUGGCCAACCAUCGACUACCUACAAUCCCUUGGCUCAGAAUACACUCCACUCAUUCUAGAAUAUUCCGUCUGGGUCAUAAAGGACAGCCCAGACGACGCUCUUAGGAUAUUCACGGAGGACAUCAGUGAGGUGAAGCAGCUGCCGAGGGACCAAGUCCUGAAGCACCUGUCAUCGUGUGCCACGCCCCUCUGCAUCCCUUACCUGGAGCACAUCAUCCACAAGUGGGAGGAUCCGUCUUCCCAAUUCCACAACCAACUGAUCGUACUCUUCCUCAGAGACGUGCAGCGGAGGUUACCGGAGUACAAGGUUCAAAUCAGAGGGAGGCAGCGAGCCAGGGCAGGGGAGGAGCCUGGGGUGCUGGGAGUACUGAGGACAAAGCUACUGCAGUUCCUGCGGUCCUCUCGUCACUACAAGGCUGCAGAACACAUCAGCUCUCUUCCCGAUGAUGAUUUGUUUGAGGAGAGGGCUCUGCUAUUGUCGAGACUGGGAAGACACGAGUUGGCUCUGGCAAUAUACGCCCACGUACUUAAAGAUCCUUCGAUGGCUGAGGAGUACUGUCGAAUGACCUAUGACCCCAACCACGAAGAGAGUCGAGAAGUCUACCUCUGUCUGUUCAAGAUGUACCUCUCUCCUCCCAACAUGGAGGAGUUUGGGAUCAGAGUACCUGAGGGCUCGCAGCCCGAGGCUAGUGUUGACGACGCUCUCAGAGUCCUCAUGGCCCACCAUUCUCUCAUUGAUACUGCCAAGGUGAUGGACAUGCUACCUCCGGAUACUCCACUGAAAGGCCUUCAGAAAUUCCUCACAACCAUCAUCAAAGAGAGGACGUUGCUACGACGACGAACCCAGCUCCUGAAGGGACUGGUAUUCUCCGAACAUUUACAGGUG